AUGUUUUUCUGUUUAUUGUGGUUGCAGCGGGACUUUGCUGGGGUCAUGGCAGGCUUACAGAGAUCCAUACAGCAUCCAUGCAUGUGUCUCAUAAUCUGUGUUUCUAUGACUUUACUCCUCGUCCUCUUCAGUCAAGCGUUCAUAUCCAGACGGCAGGAAGAGAGGUACAAAAGAGACAUUCUGGACUCCACAGAAAUCCCAGCAGAGCACAUCGAUCCAGCAGCCAUCGACCUCACUCCCCUGGUCAAUACUUUAAUAAAUUCAAGCCAGUCAGGCUCCCGGCAGCUCUUCUCCCUCCUCAGUGUGACGUCCUACAGCUCUCUGGCUCUCCAUAAGCUCACCCUGCUGGUCUAUAACAUUUCCAGCAUUAGAGGUAUAGAAACCAACAUGUUCAGGAGACGAUUCUGCUACUGUGUCACAAAUGAGACCAACGAUCUAACAGAUUUCACAGCCAUUCUGUUGGACGUGAUGGGAAACUCAACAAGUUAUCUACAUGAGCUCUUUAAAUCUUCCUCCAUAUUAUCAGUAAGCCAGAGGAACAAUUCAGACUGUAUCUACAUCUGUGUGAUGGCGGGUAAGAUGGGCAGAGAGCUGCCAGAGCUCUGGGAGGUCGACUCCAUCACUCCUCUCUUUAACCAGACCAUCGUGGAAGGACCACACACAGGUAACGUCUCCUCAAUCAGCCUCCCUCUUGAAUGGCACCAACUGCCCACGAAUCUGAGUCACAUCUCGCCAUCUGGGAUGAGCUCCAUGUUAACCAGCAGAGUCCAUUCUACCGCACCUGUUUCACCGACAGCCAUGGACGAAGCAUCUGCAACAACGGCAACGAUCGGCGCUGCACAGCCGCUGGUAGCAGCUCAACAGACUACAACCGUCAUGCCACAGAGUCAAACUACAGCAGAAAGACCGAGGACGACGCAACGAUUGACGACGCAACGACUGACGACGCAAAGAGCGACGACGCAACGAUUGACGACGCAACGACUGACGACGCAAAGAGCGACGACGCAACGAUUGACGACACAACAAUUGACGACACAAAGAAUGACGACACAAAGUGCGACGACACAAAGAGCAACAACCCAAAGACUGACAACACAACAAAUAACGACACAAAGAGCGACAACACCAAUAAUGACACAAGCUACAGAAAAACCAACAACAAUUUUACCACCAAUCGCAACCUCAACGCAACCAACCACCACCCUGCAAGUCACCACUGUGUCGGUUUCAACUGCCGCAGCUCCGGCUACAGUUGGUACAACCAAACCUAUAACGUUCUCACCAGCGAUUAGUCUGACCCGGCUGACUGCAGCUACACACCAGCUGAGAACAGAAACCCAUCACACGACCUCCACGGUUCAUCCAACCAGACCGUCACCUGUCGGUCCCACAGCGGGACCUACGGUGGCUGAAACGAUGACAAGGCCUGUUAGCAGGAGAACUACAACACCCAGCAAGUCUGUGGAAACAGAGAAAGCAGGUUGUCCGUGGAGGAGACAAGAGCUGACCGACGACUCCGUCUCCAGCAGCACGACGACCGUCGGCGCUCACAAGCUGCAGCCCUGUGUCCUCGAGCUCUGCAAGUUCUUCUCCCAGUGCCUCUGCAGACCCUUCAGCCACAAGACACGCAUGAAAAGAUACUGUGACGACAGCCACCUCUGGUACGAAAAACACACGUCUGAGGUCUGUCGGCGGGUCAGGAGAAUCUCCUUCUCUAGAAAUCUGAAACAGAGAUGCCUGACAAGGAUGUGCGAUAAACUGUAACCAGAGUGGCAGCAGAGAGACACAAAGAGCUCUUCAUCAUCGCAGGACGUGACCGGGUGUGACCCACAAACUACAAACUAAAGCUGAGUGCACUUCUGGAGUAUGGAAAUAUAUCUGGUCAUUUCCAGGUCUGGAGAUAGGUUUGAAAACUGAAAACUAUCAAAUAACACUAUGCAUUUUACACCUAUGUCAUCUCACAUCUUUUAAUAUCUGUCACUAUAAAGCAUAAUAAUCUACACAAUGAUACAAUGUAGUUAUUAGAGCCAAGAAGAAGACUGUUAAUACCAAACACCACAAGAUGAGGUGUGAAAGAAAUCUGGAAUUUAAAUCCAGCAAUUGAAGCUGUAUAAAAAAAAAUCUCUCCACAUAUUAUUUAUGAAAAUCAUUCAUAUCAUCAAAUUAAUCUGGAUUUUUUGAAAAAAAGUAGAAAUCUUGUCUUUUUUCUCAGAAACUUAUGAACAUUUUUCUUGUGUCAGUUCAAUAAAAAUCUGGUUAAUUUUCCAAGCUGCGACACAUGACCUUUGUUUCUAAACACAUCUAUAUUAAAGAAAAUUUAUAUCCACUGUGGAAAUUUUAUAAUCAAGAUCUGUUAUUUUCAGAAACAUGAGAGCAAACAACAGUUAUGAUCUUUAAAUAAAAAUCUUGUUUGUUUUUCUUAA